CCGCGAUGUGGAGGAGGAUGGAGACCCACCUGGGAUGCUUACCUGGCUUACCUUCUCCCUACCUGCCCCAGGUACGACGCGGCCAUCGACCUCUUCACGCGCUCUUGUGCCGGCUAUUGCGUAGCCACUUUCAUCCUGGGCAUCGGCGACCGUCACAACAGCAACAUCAUGGUCAAGGAUGAUGGACAGCUCUUCCACAUCGACUUCGGGCACUUCCUGGACCACAAGAAGAAGAAAUUCGGGUACAAGCGUGAGCGAGUCCCCUUCGUCCUCACCCAGGACUUCCUCAUCGUCAUCAGCAAAGGGGUGCAGGAAUGUACCAAGACCAAAGAAUUCGAGAGGUUCCAAGAGAUGUGCUACAAGGCCUACCUGACGAUCCGCCAGCACGCCAACCUGCUCAUCAACCUCUUCUCCAUGAUGCUGGGCAGCGGGCUUCCCGAGCUGCAGUCCUUCGAUGACGUGGCCUACCUCCGGAAGACCCUGGCGCUGGACAAGAGCGAGCAGGAAGCCCUGGAGUACUUCACCAAGCAGAUGAACGAGGCUCACCACGGCGGCUGGACCACUAAGAUGGACUGGAUCUUCCACACCAUCCGGCACAUGCCGCUCAGCGAGGCCAGCCACGACUGAAAGGGACCCC